ACGUAAAAAUAAUAGAUUACAUCAGGAUCAAGUACUCUCCGCAGACUGUAUUCAAAGUACUUCCUCCUGUUAAUACACGAGUAUCAUUUUCAGCAGUACUUUUACUUACUAAUAAAGUAUUUUUAGAUUUCAGUACUGUUACUUUUACUUAAGUAACUAAAGUAUCCGUUACAUCCUGUAACGACCACAGCCCAUGAAGCAUCACACUGGUUCUGGUUCUGGUUUUACAGCCUUUAACGGAUCCGGAUCUUUCCACCUCAGUUCUAAAGAACAUUUAAACUCUCCUGACGUAAAGGUGCGAAGUCACGUGAUUUGCCGACAGCAGGUGAGACCCCUGCAGGUUUCCGUGUGUCUGAUCCUCGCGCCGUUGGAUCGUUGCGCAACAACGUUCACAAGCUUCGUCACUUCGGGAAUUAUCGGCAUGACUCCUCCGCGGUGACUCGGUAAAGUUGCACUGAUCCUCCGUCAAUGGAAAACCCCGCAGGAGACAGUGCGGAUAAAAAGACCAAACUACCGCAAAUGGAAGCUGAAGAUUUUCACGAGUUUCCCUGCGGACAGACACCGAGACAGAGAGACACACAGCCGCCCUGAACAUGAACACCCUGACAGCCGUUGCUCUGCUGCACUGCUUCCUGUUUGCAGUUCUGGUUCGAUCUGCUCCCGUUGGCCCGGCGUCUGAACCUCCCGCGGCGUUCAGGGAGGCGGCCGAGCGAGCGAAGACGCUGGUGGAGAAAAUCCUGAGAGACCUCCCCGCCGUGCACGCUGCCACUGUCACCACAGAGGGUUUGACCCUUGACCCCUCCACAGAGACCACAAACCUGCAGCUAAUGGUGACCUCACUGGGCAUCCCUGCUGCCCCGGUCCUCAAACCGCUGUCCGAGCGCUUCACACUGGACAUGUGUGUGAGUCGUAUGAUGGCAGGCGGUCAGUUGUACCAGGGGCUGCUGGGAGUUUUGUCUGAGCGCCUGAGCGGACUGAAGGACCUGCGAGCAGACCUCAGAGACCUGCUGACACACAUCAAUAAGAUGAAGGUGGCGGCUCAGGUCAGCAGCGACAGUCCGGAUCAGAAUCAGAGGCUUGAUCUGGCCUCCCGUCUCCACGGCAACUACGAGGUCCAGGUAGGGGUUCACCUGACGCUGACGCAGCUCCGCUCCUUCUGUCACGACCUGAUCCGCAGCCUAAGAGCCAUCGCCACCUACAGGCCCCGCUCUGCAGGUACACGCUAAGCCACGCCCACCGGGAAAAAUAACAGUGACUUCAAUGGAGCUAGAGAGAAGGUCUGUCUGCUGAGGGAGUCUGCAGUGCCUCAUGGGAGAAACUUUAUUGAUCAUCCAUCAGUUAUUGACAAUCAAACAAAAUAAUGCUGAAUCGAGCAGAAUAGACAAAACUAAAACACAAACAAUUCAGAUAUUUACACAGAGUGUUCAGGAAACCUCGGCCACUCUGUCUCAGUAACUCCGACAUUCUGGGGUUGAAACACUGGACAUGACGACGCUCAGAGGGUCAGAAGGAAAACACGGAACAAGUCCAAACAGAGGACGCCAAGACCACAGCGUUUCAAACCCCGACUCCUCUGUGAUCAGUUUAUCUGAGGUCCUGGAUCUUUGUAUGUCGUGGCACGUCAGCCUCGUAUGUCAGCCGGAGGAUCAAAGCUCUGCCUCGUAUCUUUCAGAAAACAACCAGCAGGAAUGUGAACGCAGCCGGAGCACGACCGCCUUUAAAAACCUUCCAGGAAUGAAGAGAGAUGCAGGUCUGAACCUGCUCUGAACACACUCCUCCACUCCUGCUUUCUCCUCACAUCUACGAUCACUGAGUUUCUGCAGAACGCUGCAGCUUUACGCUCAAAUUCUGCAGCUUCCUCAGAAGUCAGUGAAAGAAAAGUCCUGAAGCUGCAGCUCCAUGCAGAAAAAACAACUGACAGAUGGUGAAAUUGCUUCUGAACAUUUUCUGCAGUUUUUCUCUAAAUGUUUAUUUAUUAAUCAGAUCAGAUCUCUGCUCACAUUGUUAAAGAAUUAACGAACCUGUUGGAUGUUUCAGCAGCUGCAGGUUAUUUAUGAUUUUAUUUAUUGCUAAUAUUUAUUCUAUAUUUAUGGUGACAUAUUUAUUGCUUGUCUUGUGUGAAUGGUUUGAUUUUGGACGUCUUUGCGAAGCAGUUUGUCAAUCUGUGGGUCGUGGCCUCGUGUGUGGCCACAGCAGGCUUAAACAUUAAUACUGAUUUGAUAUAUUUUCCAUAUCAAAGUAUGGUGAGGUCAGAGGAUAAUGGGGGAAGUAAUGUUGAAAGUUGAAAGCUAACUGAUUGGUUUCAUAGUAUAGUUGAGUAUCGUCUGCAUAACGAUGGAAGUGUAUGGGGUGAUUCCUGACAUGAAUAGAACUGGUCCAAGCUACAGAGCUAACGUUACCUGGUGACCAAAACAGCAUCAUAACGUAACAAACAUUUAGAUAAACGUCACCGUAUGACUGAACACUCUGUAUGUUCAGUAACUGACAGUAAUGUUCAUUUUACCUGGAGUUCAGUGAACAGAGCUGGAUGGUUGUCAUGGAGACGGGAGCUCAGAUCAGAGGUUGUUGGACCUGAGUUAACUUUGUUUAGCAGAGGAUACAGUGGGUGAGCCGAGGCUUCAGCCAUGGUGACAGGAUUAGUGUUUUGGAAUGGAACGAUGCAGCUCCCCCUGGUGGUGAUUCAGAAUAAAUCACUACAGGACUUUGUGUUGGUUAGACAGAUAGACAGAGAAGUCACUCUGAAGAUAUUAACGAUUAUUCUGAUGAUGGAAAUUCACUACGAUUGUGAAUGUUUUUUAUCACGAUGGGCGAUAAAACCAUCCGUUUGUGAGUUUUUAUGUUGUUUUAUCUCAAACAGACAUGUUUCGAUGUGAAACUGAAACUUUCAGUUGAAGUAACCCCAUGGGUGAACUGAUUUCUACUUUAUUUAUCUUUAUGAAGAAACAGAUGUUUGUUUUUUACUUUUGUACACCUUCUUCCUAAUCACAGAGAAGCAUUUUUGAAUGUAGUCUGUUAUUCACAGUGAUUUUUUUAAACUUAAUCAGGACUCUUCGUUCAUGUGGUUUGAUUUCCAUAAUAAAAAGUUUUACUGUCACUUUAAUUUUUCAGUUCAAAUCUACUUUUUAUUUUUACCACUCCUUGUGGCUCUGGUUUCACAUUAAAAUCUUUGCAUGGAGGUUUUUAUUGUGAAACAGCCCGCAGUGUUUCUUCUUCUUCUGUUUUUACUGCAUUUUAUGGAACAGAUAAAAUCAAGCAAAUGGUUCAUUUAAAAGUUUGUCACAGAUUUAUUUAUUUGAAUGUGGACUGGCAGAGGUCAGAGGUCACUCAGUACAGAAACAAACAUCAGAUUUUGUUUAGUUUUUAUCAUGGAAAAGCUUCCAACAGCUGAUUCUUAAUAAUCUGAACGUGUUUUUAUCACUUCUGUUAAAACAACUCACAUUUCCUGUUUGUCUCCUCAGCUGUUUCUGCUCUGACAAUAAAAACUGUCACAGCUGUUCGUUUAUGUGAAGGAAAACAGAUGUUUUUGUUCCAGUUUUCUUUUUGUUUUAGUUUUUGUGAUGUCACAGCACAGGCUCCGCCUCCACUGGUGGGCGAGGCUAAUUGGAGCAUCACAGGAGGUGGAGGUGGGGCUUAAUGCUUCCUCCCAGAUACAAUGACGAGAGAGAGGGAGAUAAAACUGACGAUGUGUUCAGGUGCUUCUUACAGAGGCAAAGAAAGUCUGCUAACAGUUUCAUUAGCUGCUGAACAUUAAAUGUUGCUGAAUUUAUAGCAAUUAAAUGUUUUAUUUUGAAAAUCA